UUGAGCGGGACUGAUGAGACGAGCGUAGGCGACGAGUUUGAGGGUUGCGAGAAGGACGAGGAUAGUGAGCGAUGGGACACGAGCUCUCGUGACAUCCUCGUCGACUCUUGAAUCCUGCAGACGGGGAAUUAACGAGACCCGUGAUCGUCAAAGGGACGGCGAAACUCCGAGGACGAACAUCCGACGUGAUCCCACUGAUCUCUAGGACUCCCCCCCCUCCCGACUCGUGACGCUCGAGAUAUCGAGAAUUCGUUAGUCGAGCCCUGAAGACACAAAAAAAAAAGAAAAGGAAUCAACGAUGUGCAACGUGGAGGGCUGCGUCUCACCUGACGCAUCGCGCUACAUUUCGAACGCGACCGGCGGCGGUUCCGACGACGGCCAGGCCGGGUAAUUCUACUCCGGUGGAUUUACAUCGGCGAAGAAGCGAAGCUGAUCCACCGGCGACCUGAGAUUCCAACGAGGAGCCGAGCCGGUUCAGGAUAAUCCCUACCAUUGUCGCGGUAAAGUCGUGUGAUUGUGCGAGCCCGGGCUUGCCGAUGAACGUUCGUUGGCGGUGAACGCAGAUCCCGAAGGUGGAUUCGAUCGUCGGCGAGACCAUGGACAAAUCGCGCGCUCGGGCGGUCGUCCGGCAGACAGAGAGGCGCUCAUCGAUCGCGACGGGAAAGAUCGAGCCGGGAUGCUGCACGCUGUUAUGCUAGGUAGCGGUCCAGGACGGGGGAGACGCGAGUGGUAUCCGGGAUUCUAUCUCCAUAGUCGUCGUCUUGGCUGCAGGAUGAAUCGCGGCGAGCAGGAGAACCUCUUCCGGCAGAGCCGGCAGAUCAUCGUACCUUCCCGCGAGGACCUCGUCCUGAGCGUCCUCAAGUCGCCGAUCAGUCAGCAGCAGCAGCAACGCAGCCAGCACCGGCACUCGUAUCAGUCGCACACCCAGAGCCACUUUAACUGCCAAGCUCAUCCGAAUAAUAAGAAGUGCAAUCGUUCAGGUGACGCGUACAACAACGAGAGUCUUCCACGAAGCAAGGACCAAUGCUCUAGGCUCGCGGAAAAGCGGUGCGGCGCCUCGUACGCUGCCCUGCAGGGCAGCGAGGACGAGCUCGUUGAGCACGGCCUCGAGGAGGCGGAGGACGCCGCGCUGAAGACCCCCGGCAGCGAGACCGAAGACACCGAGGACAACGGCGCGAACGCGGAGGAGCCGCCGGCGUCGUCGCCCGUCCGCAGAUUCACCUUUCUGCGUCGCUUCCGUUCGCCGCGCUUCGGCGAGGCGCACCACAAGCGGGUGCCGACGCCUAUGAAGAGGAAGCACAGGCGGAAAAAGAGCAAGGACGACAUCAUUGACAAUGACGUGACCGGGGCCGAGGAGGAGGAGGAGGAGCCGCCGAGUCCCGACCAGGCCGGCGUGCCUGAUCCUUAUUAUCCGAUCUACUUGCCGAUCGAUCAGGCCUUCAAGGCCAAAUACGUGUUCCACCAUAAGAAGGGCAAGACUUUCCAAGAGCGGCUCUACGUGUUCCUCGAGCACCCCGGCGGCUGGCUGUGUUUCGUCUACCAUUUCGCUGUGUUCAUGGUGGUAUUGGUGUGCCUCAUAUUUAGCGUUUUGUCAACGAUAGACCAAUACAGUAACUUCGCAAACGAAACCCUGUUUUGGAUGGAAAUAUGUCUCGUGGUAUUCUUCGGGGUCGAGUACAUGGUCCGACUGUGGAGCGCCGGCUGCAGAUCGAAGUACAUGGGUUGCUGCGGACGGCUGCGAUUCAUACGGAAACCGAUUUGUAUCAUAGAUUUAAUCGUCGUGGUAGCGUCUAUGGUAGUGCUGUCGGUGGGGAGCAACGGUCAGGUAUUCGCAACUUCCGCCAUCCGGGGUAUUCGGUUUUUGCAAAUUCUGCGAAUGCUCCAUGUCGAUCGUCAAGGCGGCACGUGGCGACUUCUGGGCUCCGUGGUUUUCAUACAUCGCCAGGAGCUAAUCACAACGCUGUACAUUGGAUUCCUAGGCCUUAUUUUCAGCAGCUACUUCGUGUACCUCGCCGAAAAGGACGCGGUCGGACCGGACGGCAAAACGGACUUCUCCAGCUACGCUGACGCGCUGUGGUGGGGAGUGAUUACGGUAACAACGAUAGGUUACGGCGACACGGUACCGCAAACGUGGAUGGGAAAAAUAGUGGCUUCGUGUUUCAGCGUGUUCGCCAUAUCUUUUUUCGCACUUCCAGCUGGCAUCCUGGGUUCCGGAUUCGCGCUCAAGGUGCAGCAGAAGCAGCGGCAGAAGCACUUCAAUCGGCAGAUACCGGCUGCCGCGAUGUUGAUACAGUGCCUGUGGAGGUGUUACGCCGCCGACAAGGCCAUCAACAGCGUCGCCACGUGGAACAUCUACAUCAAGGACCCGGCGCCGGCCGGACAGCCGUCGACGCCUCUGGGAAAGUUGAUUUGUGUAAAGAAGAUGGUGGCAAAGAAGGCGAGCGUGCUGAAGAGGCGGAAGUCGCGGAACCGGAUGGACGUUCAGCAGCCGGCCCUGCCGCCCGUCACGAUAUCCGGCGGCAUAUCGGCCGGCGCCGGCACCGGCCAGAACGAAAACCAGCAACGCCUCGAGAACGAGGGGGACGUGGUUUUCUACAUGGAGGAGCCCAAAGCGGGCACGCCGAAUCGCGCGAGACGCGACAACCGGGGCAGCCUGUUCACUUCGCAGACGAGCUCAGUGACGGAGGCGACCAGCGACGAAAUCGACAUCGACAUCGAGGAGCCGCAGAGAGUGACCACGCUGACAGAGGCACACCGAAACGCUAUCCGGGCAAUCAGGAAGAUCAAGUACUUCGUGGCUCGCAGGAAAUUUCAACAGGCUCGGAAACCGUACGACGUCCGUGACGUCAUCGAGCAAUACAGCCAGGGUCAUCUGAACAUGAUGGUGCGGAUUAAGGAGUUGCAGAGGAGAUUGGAUCAGACCCUGGGUAAGCCGGGGAGCUACCUGGCGGGAAUCGACCGGGCGGGUAACGUGAAACCUAUGACGAUUGGUGCGCGUUUAUACAGAGUCGAACAGCAGCUGUCGGUGAUGGACAAGAAGCUGGACCAGUUGGUGUACGUACUGAACGCGUUGGCGCAGAAACAGCAGAUACCGCUGCGUAGUAUAGAGGACGACGUGUAACAAAGAGCCCCCGGUAAACCCGUGCGAUCCGUUUUACGAUCACCCGCGGUCUCAUGGAACCCGCCUCGCGUCACGAUAACCACGGUGGUGCCGAGUAUGCUGAGCGAGAGCACUUGAACGCGAGGCGCCGGUAUCCCUGACGGUGGUAUCCCGAAUACGUGCGGAGAGUACGAACGAAGAGUGAAUAUCGUCCAGCUCACUCUCGUCUCGAAGAUCUAUGGGAGAUCCUGGAAACCACGAGGAGAGGAAGAGAGAGAGAAAGAGAGAGAAAUCGGAGGAGUGACACGCGACAGGGGAAGUCGAGACCGCGGAGGAGUUCACGCUUCUUACACCUGCGAUCCUCAAACGAUAUAUAUAUAUAUAUACG